AUGGAAGAUUGCUCUCUACCACCAUCACCGAAUAAUCAUAUUAUAGUUCAAGCCAACCCGCAAAUUGCGGCGGCUCUCUCCGUAAAUACCCCAAUGCAACAGGGUCCACCGCCUCAGAACCACCAGAAUCCGAAUGAGCAACAGUUCGUUUCGCCACCACAAAUGGGUGGAAUGGGUGGACCGAUGAGAAUGCAGAUGCAGCAACCGAUGCGCCAAAUGCCCUACCCACCACCUCAAAUGCGCGGCCAAGGACCUCCUCAGCACUUUUCUCCGAUGGGAAUGCCACCGCAACAACAACAGUUCACUCCAAGUGGGCAACCAAUUCAGAUGGGACAACGUCCAAUGCAACAGCCAAAUCAAGGGGGCCAAAUGCCAAUGGGAAUGUCUGGGCCAGUGCCAAUGGGGAUGGUCAGUGGACCACCACAGCACGGAAUUCAACCGCCGCAGCAUUUUAUGGCAAGCUCCCCAAUGCCGCCUCCUCAAAUGAUGCCGAUUCAACAGCAACAACAGCAAGAAGUACUAUCUCAGCAGCAAAUGCAGCCACAAGCUCCCCGGCAAAUACAACAGCCUCUUCCACCUCCUCCACAAGCUCAACAAUCCCAUUCGCAACAGCAACAACAUCCAGGAGGUGUCGUUUGUGGAGCUAUAAUGGAUAAGUCAAGACUCGACGACUUGAUGCAACAAAUUAGUCAGACAACGGUUUUGGAGGAAAGUGUGAAAGAUACUCUUGUCGAAUAUGCGGAUGAUUUUGUCAGCGCUUUGGUCGAUAAAGCUUGCAAGAUGAUCAAGAACCGGGAUAUGAAGAAAAUAGAAUCUCGCGAUAUCGAGUUCAUCCUCAAAAACAUUUAUAACAUGCCGGUGGUUCCCCGCGCUGCCACCCACAUCUUCGGGAAUCCAAAUGAAGUUAUAGACCUCUCAAAGGAAAAGCAUUUGCCAACAGAGGCUCAUAAGCAACGAGUCGCUCUGCUGAAGAAACAAUUGAAAAAAGUUUAA